AUGUCGAAAACUUCGGCGGUUGACAUGGCGAUUCGAGCAGGCAACUGGGACAUAUUCUGUCGAAUAUACAAGAAGAUGGCCUUAGGAAACAAUGAAAUUUCGCAACAGCACUAUUAUACUCUUCUAGACCAAACAGCUUUUAUUGCUCAGGUGGCUAUGGUUAAGGAUGUCUUAGGGACCGACCUGGAUGGCAAAGCUGACGGGGCAAAUAUUGCAUGUGCACUCAUUGAAGCGGUAACAUGGGUUGACUUGGCUAGAGCUCUUAAGGUGCUCCUUGAAAAGGGCGCUGAUCCGAACCGACGGGACGCCGCACGCAAAACCGCCCUUCACCAUCUGGGGUCACCGGCGCAUAGUAGAGAUAGGAGAGGUCCCAAGUGGUGCCUUCACGAAACAGGGAUUCGGUUGUUAUUGCAACUCGGCGCGUCUGUCACAGUCCGGGAUGAACUUGGCAACACGCCGCUGCACUACGCUGCGUUUGGAUCCAAUUUGCACAUCUUCUCCCUCUACACCACUGCCCUCCCUGUCAAUAGUCCACAUGGCAACGCGUUAAAAUCUAUCAAGAAUGAUAGCGGGGAGACACUGCUUCACUGGGCUGCCGCUGAUCAUGGCGCUGAUCCCCUUGCAUACAUAGCCGAGAGUUGGACACCGUUGCACUGUUUGUCGCUUUAUCUGGAUGACAGGGGCAGCAACAACGAGUUGGCAGAACUUGCCACGGAAUUAAUUGCCAGAGGUGUACCAGUUGAUGCCCGGGCUACCAUAUUGGCUGUUUCAACGACUGGUCGCGAACCACUCCGCGUGUCUAACCAGGACGUUGGCACCUGGGGCUCCCGCGUCGUUGAGCAUCUUCAGCCCAACAACAACGAGUCGCUUGCGGUGAUAAAAGACAGAACACCACUGCACUGGGCCAUGGUCCACGGUGCUGUUGGCAUGGCAAAUGUGCUGGUGGUAAACGGGGCCGACGUGAAUGCUGUUGAUGAGAAAAAUCAUGUGCCGGCUGAUCUGGUCAACAGCUCGCCAUUGCUCCAUAAGGAUAAGCAUCUAGAACUACGUAUCGAGUUGGCGCGUAUUUGA